CUAAGGCUUGGGAGGAGGCUAGUUAUGGCAUAUUGUUUUCUGCAACUGGCCAUUGUUGAAACCGGCGCAGCCUUUUCUCCCACUUUCCUUGUUUACUGCUUGCUUCGCUUCCUGGCUGGAUUGUCUACCACUGCCAUAAUGACAAAUAGUACUAUACUCAUUAUAGAAUGGACAAAGCCCAAAUUCCAAGUCAUGGGAGUAACACUAUCAAGAUUUGCUUCUGGUUUUGGACAGAUAUUAUUGGGAGGCCUGGCUUUUGUUAUUCGAGAUUGGUGCACUCUCCAGUUGGUGUUUUCUAUUCCAGUAUUUUUCUUACUUGUACUCACAAGGUGGCUAUCAGAGUCAGCUAGGUGGCUGAUUAUCACCAAUAAGCCCCAAAAAGGCUUAAAGGAACUUAGAAGAGCUGCACACAUGAAUGGAAUGAAAAAUUCUGGAGUCACCCUAACUGUGGAGUUUGUGACAUCCACGAUGAAGGAGGAGCUGGAGGCAGCACAAACAAAACCUUCCCUGGCUGCCUUGUUCCGCAACCCCCAUCUGCGUAAGCGAAUGUUCCUUCUUUGCUUUGUGAGAUUUUCAACAUGGAUGUCCACUUUCGGACUGAUUCUCCACCUCCAGUACCUUGAGAUGAAUAUUUUCCUGUUGCACGGUCUCUUAGGUGUACUAUCCCUCCCAGCCAAUUAUGUGGCACUUUUUGCUAUGAAUUGGCUGGGUCGUCGAAAAGGUCAACUGCUUUUUAUGUCUCUGGUGGGAAUCUCCAUUUUUGCAAUCAUAUUUGUGCCGCAAGAAAUGCAGACCCUGCGUAUGGUUUUGACAGUUUUGGGAGGAGGACUUCCUUGUGCUGCUGCUACCACUUCUCUUUGCCAUGCAAAUGAACUACUUCCCACUGUAAUCAGGGCAACAGCUUUAGGAAUCAUUGGAAUUGCUGGUAGUAUUGGGGGAGCUCUGGCUCCCCUGUUGAUGACCCUCACAACAUAUUCUGAACCCUUACCCUGGAUCAUCUAUGGAGUUUUUGCCAUCCUCUCUGGCCUUGUUGUCCUUCUCCUUCCUGAAACCAGGAAUGAGCCUCUGCCUGACUCCAUCCAAGAUAUAGAAAAGGAGGAUAAAGGCUCAAGACAAGCAAAGCAGGAAGAUACCUUCAUCAAAGUGACACAGUUUUAA